AUGAGCUCGGAUUUCUCCAGCGACCAAGAGCAUUCAGCGCUGAGGAUGGCGUCAUGCACAUCUAAUUUCGUCGUCUACGUCCCCGAUAUGCCUAUAUCUCAGCCCAUACUCGUUGAAGCAGAUGGAAAUGGUUGGGUUCAAACACUGGCAGACAUUAUUUCUGACAGGUACAAGGAGAGAAGCUCCAUAAUGGGAAGGGAAAUCCAACUUCUGAAGUGUGACACCAUACCCAUGAUGCUGCCACCCGAUGAGGAGGAUGGAUUCCUUCCACGAGCAGUGGAGUGGGUUCUCAAAUUUCCUAAAAUCAAACCCAUGCCCAAUGUCUCCCUUCUUUCGCAACAUUUCCCUGGAGGACCGACAGGCCUCAGGGAAUCGAAGAUAGACAUUAUCAUCAUCUCUGAUACUAUUCUUGCAUAUCUAUACUCGCUUAAGCAUGGGCUUAAAGUCCCAUCCGCAGGCCCUAAUACUGAUCGUUUUCCCUUAGUUGGUCUUCAUGCAGGCUCAAAAUUUUCAGAGCCGAAACAGCAUCUUGAAUCAUUCCCAAUUCCAGGCAUGACAGAAGAAGGGUCUGAUUUACAUAAACGUCCUGACCUAUAUGGCUUCAGGAUUGAUUCGGAUCCCGCUGUGCAGAAGUUCUAUUGGUUUUGGUAUGCACAGGACUACGAAAAGAUGUUCAAGCAGAAGAUCAUCGCUCUCGCCAUUAGCGAAGAGGGGCUUGGCGACGAGGAGAAGUGUUGUCUACCAAGCAUACCUCAGACUAGCAAUAAGUUGUAUGUUCUGGACUUUUACUGGAAGCUGGUGCAUGCACUCGAGGCGUUCCAGGAUAUGCAUCCAGAGAAGGGAAUCGUUCUUACUGGACAGCCAGGAACAGGGAAGACUGCCUUUCUCUGGUUCAUGCUUAUAUGUUGCAUAAUGCGACAUAGAAACGUGCUUUUCUAUCACAAUGACGUUUCACGAUACUUUUUUGAAGGACGGGUCUAUGUGGCGGUCCGCCAAAAUCCAAUAUUGAUUGAGCACCCAAAUAUCUUUACGUGGAGUCUGAUCGAUUCCGAUCUACAUGCAGCACCGCCACCUUCGUAUCUUGUAAAGGGUAGUGUCAACUUAUUCCCUGUACAAGCGUCUUCGCCGAAUGAAGUUCGAUACCGUUAUUGGCUGAAGCAGCGUCAGGGGUAUAUCUGGGGUAUGCCGUCUUGGACAUUCGAGGAGUUGAUGGAAGGACUAAAAAUCCAAGCUGGAUACGGGGAAUUUAUUUAUCGACUGAAGCAAGCAAUUGAACAUGAAAAAGACCAGGCCAGUAGGCGAGGCGAGCGUACCGAUGAUGUUCCCGACAGUGACCAAGAUAUGAUGCAAGUUGACGAUGAAGCAAAUGGCCUUUCGCGUGUCCUUCCAAAAGCCUCAAGAGAAGCACUUCCGCCGGCUUACGCAGUAGUCCAGAAGAAUAUAAACGAUAGGAUGGGUGUCCAUGUGGAGGAGACAGCGAUUGUUAAUGCUGUUCGGUUUGCAAGAGAUAAGCUAGGUCGUUGGCACGACGAGGAAAGGAUAUUCGCACUUGCAGCAAAAGACGCAAUUUACCAGUUUGGGAAUGUGCUUCGCGACGUCACCGAAGCCGUCUACAUUGGUGACCACAAAUCCCUCUUCGAAAACAUCCGACUCGCAAUCAAUUCAGGGAAAUCAAACCUUGGACAGCUCACGAAUGCGCUGUUGCAGAUAGGAAAGGAAGAAUCGAUGACGAAGGAGAACGCCCCUUCCCAUCAGCUCUUCAUAAUCGAACCAAGAGACUCCAAUCCUUUGUCUGCCAAAAACGACGUCUUCGUUCCAAUGUUCAAGUCCGAUGUAAUAAAAGAUAAACUCGAAGCUGCCUGGGGACACUUGAAGAUUGAGGAGGCAAAGAAAUUCGUCAGCGUGUUCAGGUUGUUCCCCGAAUCUUCUACUCUGGCAGGUUGGAUCUUCCAGUCUCUCGCUUGUGAAUUGAUGUCUUCUGCCAAUGUCCAACAGCAUUUGGUUCGUAUGCAAAUGACUGAGGUGACGGAUACAUAUGUAGUGUAUAAAACUGGAGAUCUGAAGACGGCACCACGCGAACCGUUUCCAAAUCGCAAGAGGAUACCCGCCACUGUCACCUUUCCAGAUAACAAUCUAAUCUGGGUUGGGCAAUAUGUUAUCGAGGACCUUCUCUGCAUUCCAGCGUCUCCCAACCAUCCGUUGUUUGACGCUUUCUUCGUAGACAUUGAUGUGGUGUCGAACACUGCUGUUGUAGCCACUAUCUAUGUCAUUCAGACGACUACUUCCCAGAAACACGAGGGCUCUGCUGCAGGCUAUAAAUACAUCAACACUAUUAUGGAGCAUGUCAGGAGGCGAGCGGCAAGGGUUCUCGAUGAGCGUCAAACUACAUUGAAGGGGCGGAUCCGCAAGAUCGCAUCCGGGAAAGAUAAAAACGUUACGACUAAACUGAAAUACCUUUAUGUAUCCCCAACGCCUGAGAUACCACGCGUGUGGAAAAUUCCCGCAUCAGGCUGGACGGCUACUAGGCGAGGGGAAGUUUUCGCCCUACACAUGGAAAUCUCACCAAAUCGUUUCAUGGGGCUCUAA